AAUUAAAUCCGAGGAAGGAAAGUUAGCCGAAACCAUUGACCGGGACAAUAUAGACGGAGAAAAACCCCACCAGUAUUAUUUAAUUUGUGAAGAAACCCGCGAACAUGGAAUACGUCCUAAUUCAAGUUGUCCGUCGCAAUUUAAUCAAUGUGAACUCAAUACUUCCCAAGCCCAAGCGCAAAAAGUUGAGAUAAGUCAAACGAUAAAUGAAAAAAAAGUGGUCUGGCAACAAGCCAAACAAAGCGGAGAUGAUGAAUUAGCCGUUCAAUUAGAACAACAAAUUAAAGAAUUAGAAACUCAACAAAAUAACAAUGCUAUUAACCAAAAAACUCAGCCGACUAUUAAUUAUGCUUUAUGA